AUGGAACAUAGAGGAAGCGGCUUUGAAGCCGAUUGCCAGGAUGAGGAAGGAUCUGUCUCCAAUUCCAUUGUCGAUGAAAGCAGCUAUUACAGAUCGACCGUGUUGGCCAUCCCUGAAAAGCAGGAUAUAAUAAGGAUGUGUGGAAUUCCCCUUGUCAUCAAUGUGGUCUUGGAGAACUAUGAAGAGGAGGGCAUUCCGCUGUGCUCUGAGGACAUAGUUCGAUGCGAAUGCUGCAAGUCUUACCUGAAUCCUUUUGUUGAGAUUAUCCCCCCGGGUCUGAAGUGGAGGUGCAAUGUUUGCCUUGCAAUCAAUGAUCUGGCCACUGCAUUCCAGGUUACUAGCAGAACCGCGGCCCAUGACAGUGGUGCGUUUGAUCCUCGAGCAAAUGCAGCAUAUAACAGCUGCUAUUACAGUAGGACAGAGCUAAGAAGCACUGUGUAUGAGCUGGAGGCUCCACCGAACUACUCACUCAAAACUCCAUCGCCUCCAUUUAUAUGCUUUCUUAUAGAGGUGACAUUUGAGAGUAUGAAGUGUAGGGCAGUUGAUGCAGUCAUCAGGAGCAUUCUUGGAGGGCUGGACCCAAAGUCCUUUGACCCAAGGUCGAGGAUGAUGUUCGCGUUCUUCGACUCAAGCAUAUACCUUCUCAAGAAAAACGGGGACUUUUCGAUCAUCUCCGAUGCAACGUACAUCCCCUUCUUUUUGGAGGACGACUUCCUGCUGCCCCUUGACCACCAUCUUGAUGUUGCUAGGGUGGAGAGGUUUUUCAUAGAGAACAAAUCUACAAAAAACAACUACGGAGAUGCGCUAAGGGUUGUUCAAAGCAUCCUGGGGGCUACCGGCGGAUGCAUAAUCUCAUUCCUGGCAACACAUCCAAACAUGGGGUCUGGAUCUGUGGAUCCUAGCCAGCGGGAGCUGAGAUGCAAAUCGGUGUUUUACAAGGAGAUGUCGGCACACUUAUCGAAGCAGGGGAUAUCGGUUACGCAGUUCUUGUUUCCUCGGCUUGGGAUAGAACUUCCAACCCUCAGUGUGCUAAAUAAAUACACUGGGGGGAUGCUGUACUACUACCCAAACUUCGAUGGCAGCGACCCAGCAUUUACUACAAAGCUAGCUAACGAUCUGGCCUCACAUCUUGACCUAAACACCGGACUACAUGGAAUGUGCAGGGUUAGGGCUAGCAGAUGUGUGUUUAUAAAGGAGUAUUUCGGCUCUCUGCACCAUAGGUCUGCAGACUUGCUGUCAUUCUCAACCUUCUUUCCUCCCCAUUCACUUAACUUUGAGAUAGACAUAUCCAAGGAGGAAGGAACCAAGGGCGUCUGCUUCCAAGUGGCUAUCCUUAGGACGCUUCGUACUGGCGAAAGAAGAAUACGGGUUGUGAACUUUUGCAUCGAUAGGGUGUCAAGAUCAUUGUAUAGCGUCGUGGAUCCAUAUGCAAUAGCGCAUGCACUUGCACUGAAGGCCUUUUUCUUUGAGUCAAGGUCCAAGGGAGGGGGCAACGAAUACCUCAACAAGUCGAUGAAAGACAUCAUAAGGGCAUACAAGCAGCUCUCAAAUACAACAACCCUUCUUCCAGCAACGCUCGAGGUGCUUCCAAUGCUUGUUCUAUCGCUCUGUAAAUCCAUUCCCCUUAGGCCUGUAUCCUACACUCCGAUGGACUACAAGUCGUACUACAUAUACCUGAUAACCAACUCAUAUCCGAAGCUGGUUGACACCGUGAUCUAUCCAACCCUGCUUGCAUUGCAUAGGUUGGACACCAUUCAGCCGCUUAACCUCACACUGGACUGCCUCGAAACAAAUGGGCUGUACCUGCUGGACACCGGUGUGACCAUCUUCUUUUUCGUGGCUAGAAACUGUGAUCCAUCUCUUCCGGACCUACUGUUCGAUCCAUCAAUAGGAUCGGAAAGAUUUAUCUUUGAUCCCGAGAGAAACGAGUUCAGUGAUUCCGUUUGCAAGAUAAUCGAGGAGUUGAGAAGCAAUAGGUAUUUAACGCCGAACUAUGUGCUGGUGAGAGACAAUGGUGCAAGUAGUGUAUACAAAGACAUCUUUUUCACCUAUUUUGUAGAGGACGAGUCCCAUGGCCUUCCGUCAUACUCUAGAUACCUUGACCUCCUGAGGGCCUAA